AGGGGACCCAAGGGCUGCCCGUCUCCAUGGAAACCUGGCCCGGGAGUUUCUAGCCGGGAGAAAUGGGCAAGUUUGAAAGCAGUUGGAUGAGGUGGUGGGUGGGCGGAGGCCGCCCUGACGGGCCUGAGAGGACAGGGAACCGCUGAGCGCCGCUGUUGCUGCUUCCAGCCCCGGGACACCGCACGCGCUCGGCACUGACGGCGGUUGGUGGAAUUGAGUUGAAGGAUUGCUGUCUAACAGGACACUAAGAGAACUCUCCUGCUCUUCACGAUUCUUGUAUUAAUGAUGGCAGACACCAAAGAAUUGGAGAUACUCGAGGAGCCCCUCUUUAUUUUGGAAAACGGGGAUGUAUACAUAAACCUAACGGAAGUAAAAAUGAGUCAGCUUGUUCUGCCUUGUCACGCCGACCACCGUGGAGACCUGAGCGUAGGGCAACUACUGAAAUGGAUGGACACUACAGCCUGUCUAUCUGCGGAAAGGCAUGCAAACUGCCCCUGUGUUACUGUCUCAGUGGAUGACAUUGACUUUGAGCAUACACUCAGCAUUGGACAAGUGGUAAACAUCAAAGCAAAGGUGAAUCGUGCCUUUAACACAAGCGUGGAGGUCGGAAUUGCAAUCACUUGUGAAGAUCCCUUAAGUGGAAUGCAAUGGAACGUGUGUAACGCGUUUGCUACAUUUGUGGCAAAGGGAUCAGGACUUGGAAAGGUGCAGCUGAAGCCUGUGAUUCCCAGAACCUCUGAAGAGCAGAUGGAAUACAGCAUUGCUGCUGAGCGGCGCCGGAUGAGGUUACACCACCUGGAAACCAUCAAAGACCUGGUCUCCUCAAGCACAAUUCAAGAUGAGCCAAAUUUUGAAGAAUCCCAGAGAGCCGUUCCAGCAGGAAAGACCAGGGUUGAGAGCAUUGAGCUUGUCCUGCCACCCCAUGCAAACCACCAGAGUAACACUUUCGGAGGACAGAUCAUGGCUUGGAUGGAGAGCGUUGCUACAAUUUCUGCAAGCCGCUUCUGCAAAGGGCAUCCAGUGCUGAAGACCAUUGACAUGUUCCACUUCAGGGGACCCUCACAAGUUGGAGAUCGCAUAAGUUUGAAGGCCAUAGUCAACAAUGCAUUUAAAACAAGCUUUGAAGUUGGUGUCUGUGCUGAAGCCUACCAUCAGGAAGUCUGGGAUCAGAAGACGCAUAUCAACAGUGCAUUUCUGACCUUUGUUAUGCUGGACAAAGAUGGGGAGCUGAGCACAUUGCCCCGCAUUAAGCCAGAAGCAGGGGAUGGAGAAAGAAGAUACCGAGAAGCAAGCGCACGAAAGAAAAUACGACUUGACAGAAAAUAUAUAAUUUCACGUAAACAAACUGAAGUGCCACUAUCUGUCCCCUGGGACCCCAGCAAUCAGGUUUACCUCAGUUACAAUAACAUCUCUGCACUAAAAAUGCUGGCUGCAAAACAGAGCUGGGUACUGAACUGCACGCAGAACAAGGCCAAACUAUUCACCCUGGAGGAAGGUCAGUUUCUGUCCGUCAAAGUGGAAAUGUCCGUUUCUGUAAACAUCAAGAAAGUUUUCAUGCUUCUGUCUGAUAUGAGCCGUCGACAUGAAUGGGACACCCACUACCAGAAAUUUAAGUUGAUACAAAAGGUGGAUGAGGAUGAUGUCAUCUAUCACGUGAUCUCCCCUUCUGUCAGCAAGGGGAGCAACUUUCAAGACUUUGUUUUGUUGGCAUCUCGUAGAGUGCCUUGUACUGAUGGAGAUCCAUAUCUGAUAGCGCUCCGAUCGGUCAGUCUCCCUGCAGCCCCACCAACUAAGGACCUUGUCAGGAGUGAAGUAAUGUGUGCUGGCUUUACGCUUUGGGAGGAAGAUAACACCCACACCAGGAUAACAUACUACAUCCAGGCGACCCCUGGAGUUCUCCCAUACAUCACCCGCGACAUUACCGGACUGUCUGCCAACCUCUACAAAAUCAUUGAGGCUUGUAAUAAAUUUCUCGAACAAAAUAAGGAUAUGGUCAAUGUAACUCUGUGAUAUUUGUGUGAUGUAGAGAAGGGUACCUAUUUCUGCAUGGCCUGCAUCCCAUAAUGAUGAUCAAAUGUGGUUGGUGCAAAGGCAUGAGUUUAUGAGAUAAAAUGAGAUAAUUAAGUCAGUUUUGAUCAACUGGAAUUCAGAAAUUCUAAUGAUGUUUAAACUCUUUGGGGCUGUCACAGUGUAUAACAUUUGUAUAUGUUUGUGCUAAGGGCACUGUCCUCAGUUAGUUAAGAUUUAACACAAAUAUAACAAUGGUGUAGUAACACUAUUGGUGUUUGGGAACUGCAUUGUAAUCUGUUUAGAGCAGGGAUUACUGCCAUUAGUUUACAUGUGUAAAUUUGAGCCAAGUCUUUGUACAGAAUAGUAACUGGGCCUUGCAUACAGCAAUCUUUUGCAGACUGCCAGAUUUAAUCUGUUAUAUUUUUAUAUUAAUUUUCAAAAGAAUGAAUUUAGAUUAAUACGAGAGGAAUUUAGGGAAAAGCUUUCACUGAUAAAAGACUAUUUAAAAAAAUCGAAUUGAUGAUCAUGUUACUGGCCACUGAGCCAUUCAUAUUGAAUACUUUGUGCAUUUUGCCUACGUACAGUGAGAAUUUUUUCGUAUUCUUUACAAUCUGCCAGCAAAUUCAUUAAAGCAAGUGGGUGUUUUCUGUAAAGCUAAAUUUGCCAAUUUUGUGUCUCUUUGAGUUGGGAAUGUGGAUUCAGAAAGUUACUUUAUCGUUAAGUCACGCUCAAUUAUCCUUUCCUUUCAACUGAAACCACACAAUGCUAGAGUUGAUGCUACAAUUUAGCACUGAAAAGCAGAAUGAAAACCAAUUUAACGCUAUGGGAGAGUCAAAGUUACCAACAGUGAACUGAUUACAGUGAUUACUGCAGGGGCUCACCAUGGUGAUAGAGAAAAGCUGGUUUCCAGGAAAUGAAUCCUGUCAUUUAAAACAUUGAAUAAAAACACUUAACCAUGA